AUGUAUAACACACAGUGGCAAGAAAUAGAUUCUACACUACUCGGCAGCGUCCUUGGAGACUUGGCUGACAGCCUCGAGUGUUCUGUGUGUGCAGAGAUUAUGGUUAUGCCCGUCAUUUCGCUGUGUGGCCACUCCUUCUGCUACGAAUGCUGUUCUUCGUGGUUUGAGAACAAAGCGACAUGUCCUACGUGCCGGCACGAAUUGGACACGCCGCCGGCACUCAACGUGGUGCUCAAAGAUAUCAGCCACCGAUUGGUGGACGUACUUCUCGACCAGAGCAGUCUCGGUGACAAUGAAAAACAGGAACUUAAACUUCGUCAGGAAAAUAGUCGAAAGACGUAUCAGUUUGACAUGGACCACGGACGGCUCUACGGUGAUGCUUUCAACUCGGUGGUGACGAUGAUUGACCGACUGGAUGGGGUGGCUCGGUGUGCCAACUGCCACUGGGAAGCUCAUGGUAGUCAAUGUGGUCAUUGUGGAGCGGUAUUUCGGAUUCCCCGAGAGGAGGAGAACUACCACCAGUCGGACGAUGCGUUUCUGGACUCCGAAGACCAGGUGCUGGAGGAGCGUGAUAACCGGUACGAUUCUGAAGACAGCUUUGUCGAUAAUGGAAGUGAUACGGGGUAUCAUAUUGAAGAGGAGAGUGAUGGGGCGGACUCGUGGGCCGGACUCCGGAGUCCUAUGAACUGGGAAGAUGGCAGUCAUGAUGACGUGCGGCACGCGGUGGACCGGCUAAACAGAGAGAACGUUUCUAUUGAUGUUGACUCGGACACAAGUCGAGAUGGAGUGGACUACAGGCGAACGGCACAAGCAGUGCGACGUCGGGUGGUGAUUAGUGACAGUGAGGAUGAGGUCGGCGAGCCUCGAGCAGGAGUCAGCCAAGAAGGGCAUGAUAGACACAACGAAGAGCCAAUAGAAGUCAACAGUAAUAGUGAGGGCCAUAGUCAUCGCAGUGAUAGCGACAUUGACAGUAACGAGAGUGGAAUGUCCAGAGAUAGUGGAGACACAGACGAUAGUAUUCCUGACGUUUUCUGGGAUGAUGAUGGUGCUGGUGUUUGGAGUGAUAUGGAUUAG